AACCCGGAAGUGACGUGUCGGUUGGUGGCAACGUCAAACAGAUUUGUCCUCUAUUUACCAGCAGCCUCCUGCACGAUCAUCUGGGUGUUCCAGCAUAUAUACAGCUUUCUGUUAUUAUUUAAUACUUGACUGGAACAAUGGCAGGCACUUUGGCUCGUAAAGCUAUCGAUCACCUCCGUAGUAAGGAGUUCAGAGAUUAUCUGAUGAGCACGCACUUUUGGGGUCCAGUGGCAAACUGGGGGCUGCCGAUCGCCGCCAUCAACGACAUGCAAAAAAGCCCAGAGAUCAUCAGCGGACGCAUGACCUUCGCUCUGACCUGCUACUCACUGCUGUUCAUGAGAUUCGCUUACAAAGUGCAGCCGAGGAACUGGCUCCUGUUCGCCUGCCAUUUCACCAACGAGGGAGCGCAACUCAUUCAGGGAGGACGCUUGAUCAAGUACAACAUGGAGAAGAAAAUGGCGAAAUGAUGAGCAGCCAUGAACCGCAGAAGAAUUCUGUCCAUUGCUAGCAGAUCACAGCUUUCAGAAAUAUUAUUUCCAUUAGGUUUUUAUCUGAUUAACUGAUUUACACACAAUCGAUUUCCCAUGCUAACUGAGGAUACAAGUUUUCUGACUAGAUAACAAUAAAUUGUAUAUAAAACUUUUAGAGGACUGUUACUACGCACAUUAGACUUUUUUUCAAGAAAGAUGCACAUCAAGCUACUGAUUUCAAAAAAAUUGUCAUUUACGGUAAUUUAUUGUGAAACUCGGCUAAGAAGUGGAUAUCAGGUUAACCUCAGACCUUGUAGUAAAUAAAAGUUGAUUAACUUCA